GAAGAGAUCUCUGUCUGUUUAUUCUUCCACCACGUUGUCUGACAGCUGCAGACUUAGCGAAAGCAGUUGGACUCGUAAUUGACAGCAAAUUUCCCGCUAAAACCAACGGAUAUACUACGUUGAUAAAAUGAGACCCAUUCUCCUGCAGGGCCAUGAACGGUCCAUCACGCAGAUAAAGUACAACCGCGAAGGAGACCUGCUGUUCUCCGUGGCAAAAGACACGGUGACGAACGUGUGGUACUCCGUUAACGGGGAGCGGCUCGGCACGUACAACGGACACACGGGCGCCGUCUGGUGCGUGGACGUCGACUGGGACACCAAGAACGUGUUAACGGGAUCGGCCGACAACACCUGCAGGCUGUGGGACUGUGAGACCGGUAAGCAGCUGGCUCUGCUGGACACCAGCUCAGCGGUCCGGACCUGCGGCUUCGACUUCAGCGGGAACAUCAUCAUGUUCUCCACAGACAAGCAGAUGGGCUAUCAGUGCUUCCUCAACUACUUCGACCUGAGGGACCCCCAGCAGAUCGAGGAUAACCAGCCCUACAUGUCUGUGCCGUGCAGCGAGUCUAAGAUCACCAGCGCGGUGUGGGGGCCACUGGGGGAGUUUGUCAUCGCGGGCCACGAGAGCGGCGAGCUCAACCAGUUCAGCGCCAAGUCUGGGGAGAUACUGAAGAGCGCCAAGGAGCACACCAAGCAGAUCAACGACAUCCAGAGCUCUGUGGACCUCACCAUGAUCAUCUGCGCCUCCAAGGACAACACAGCCAAGUUGUUUGACUCCACGUCAUUGGAUCUCAUCAGGACCUUUAAGACGGAGAGACCGGUCAACUCAGCCGCCAUUUCGCCUAUCAUGGAUCACGUGGUCAUGGGAGGUGGACAGGAGGCCAUGGAGGUGACCACCACCUCCACCAGGAUCGGGAAGUUUGAGGCCAGGUUCUUCCACGCCGCGUACGAAGAGGAGUUCGGCAGAGUGAAGGGACACUUCGGCCCCAUCAACUGUGUGGCCUUCCACCCGGACGGGAAGAGCUACAGCAGUGGUGGAGAGGAUGGUUAUGUGAGGAUACACUACUUCGAUCCGCACUACUUCGAGUUUGAGAUUGACAGUUAAAGAGGAGAACUGGAACCACCUCCCCUCCCCUCUUCCUCACUCUUUAUCCCUCUAUUACCCUCUCUCCAUCCGUUACCCUCUCUCUAUCCCUCCCUAUCUCACCUUCCUUCUCUCAUUCUAUUACCCUUUCUCUCUCCAUCAUUGUUACCCUCUCUCUAUCCAUCCUUUUUACCCUCGCUCUUCAUCCUUGCUACCCUGCGUUCUGAGCCUCGUAGUGAUGUCACGCGCUGUGUCAGGAGUGACGUCAUAAAGGAGUGACAUCAUCACGUCUCACGGGUUAGCUCAGUGCUAUCCAGUGAGACGUGCUCCGCGUGUGAGGGUUCCAUCACAGCGAGACUCUCACACAGUGCACCGGCGGGAUUCUCACAAAGCAGUACGCCACCUGUGCGGCCUGAGUGGGCGUGUCCUGGCCCUGAGGGGGCGUGUGUCUUGGCCAGCUCCGCCCCACACCGCCGGAUCCCGCCGUCGCGUGCAGGAAGUCCCGACCGGGCCUCAAUAACGUCACAUGAUCCACCACGACUUCCUGUUCCGGGCAGCGGAGGCGGGUCGCUCCCCGUCCGCCAACGCGCUCGCUUAACAAACUGGGUUUUACCUGAACGCUUUUAUUUAUUUAUUUAUUUAUGUAUUUAUUUAUUUUUAUUUGUGUAAUCCUCUUUGUGCCUCCCUGGUCUGGGCACUUCUGUUUGCGCUGUACUCUUAAGUUUCUCCGGGUGAGAGAUUCUGCCGACUGGCAGUGUAGUGAACUGAAAUACCUCAUUCGGAUUAAAGUCUCUUUCAGAAGGGGGGGGGACUUUUGUGGCCACAAAACCACGAAAGGUUCAGCGGCGAAGACGGUGAAAGACGGUGAAAAUGGCGGCAGCGUCCAGGGGUGAGACGGACGUGCGAACAGGAAAUAACAGCCGGGGGUUAAGGCCUCUGUCCCUCUUUCAGAGCUCAGAGAGGAUUCCGGAAGCUUCCGCCAUUUCAGUGCACUACCACCCCACCCUUCAAAAUGACUCGGGGAAACUUUAUUCAUAUAUUUUGUCCGACGGCAAAGAUCUGACGUUGUAGCGCCUGGUUGAUGAAACGGGCAAAAGGGAUCUGAUGUAGCAGCAGCCUGCGGAUGCAUGCUCAAUAAAAAGACGUGUGUGUGGUGUUUUAUCCUCAUUUUAGUCAUUAACUGAAUGUAUUUCCUAUUGGAUUGACAGUGCAGGUAGGUUGCAACGGCGCGUUUUACGGAUAAGUGCAUGUUUUUCAAACGCCUGGAAACGCCACGGCCCAGGUAUUCAAACACACCGCUUGUUAAUGGAGGAGGAAGUGGCACUUUUUGUCUUUUUUUUUUUUUUGUUGUGGUUUUUUUUUGUCACGGUCUCUCUCAGUGGUUAGUGGCCUUUUCGUUCUCUGUGGAACGCAUGACUGCAUCUUUUAAUACCACAGUAAUGCACACGUGCAUUUUUUUUUGGCAGUUUUCUGUUCCCCAUAAAUUAACAUUUUGUGGGCAAGGGAAUGUAACACGCUACAAUUUUGGAUACACAUUUUUCCCUAGAUAACUAUUUCAUAUUCAGAACGUAUUGACUUGUUUGAUUGUAACCUUGCAUGUAAAUUGGCUCGUCUCAUUUUACAUCCAAAUCCAAAAUGAAACGCAUGAAAUACCCCAAGGUUAUUUUAAGGACGCACCUCUGUCUGAGUGCUGGUUUUACACGAACAGCUAACAUCAACGCAGGCAUUCACACUGCCUUCUUAACUGAAUAACAAGACAUGCAUAUCGGUCGUACCAUAACGAACACACCCCUUCCACUCUGUGCACCAAACAUUUCAGAAGCAGCCUUUCUCAUAAAGCUCCAGCUUCAGAAAACACUCAUAAACAAUCAGCAUUAUAUGAUGGUUUCGGAGUGAUAACACCUCUUCUGUAGUGUAAAUAAAUAAAUAAAAUAAACCUUGCACGUAAAA